UCACCAUUAUUCUAAGGAGUAUCACCUCAAGCUUUGUGGUAAGUUUCAUUUUCUAUUAGACUAGGAAUAGAACCACCUCAUACUUUAUAUAUAAGUGAAGAGACCAUGACUACCACUUCACCAUUAUUCUAAGGCUUUUCCAUUUCUCUCUUUUGUAUAUACGAGGGUAGACAUUCAAACCUCACUUCUUUCUUUUUUGAGAGUUUCGCAUACCAAUUGGAGGAAACCAAUGAAUUCGAUGCGCUGAAGUCAGAAUUGGGAAAGGUUUUGUAAUUUCUAGUUGCUUUGAAAUUUUGAAUUAUAUAUAGAGGCCAAAAACGCGAGACAACUUAUAGAUGAUUUGGUGUGAUAAAAAGCAAUUGGAAGCUCCAGGGUCCUUGAUUUUCUAAAAGAUGCUGCACAUACAGGUUGGUCUGGUCGGUUAAUGAAGAUUCAAGAACAGCAUGGACUCGGACCCACCAUUUCGCAAGGCCUACAAGACCCUUUUCGACAACACCGUCAACAAAGCCAACAACAUCAGCAACAACAAGGAGGAGGUGAUACAACAGUUUGUUACAGUGGAGGAAUGUGAACUGCCGCUGAUUGAUCUUGGGCGGCUGGAGCUCGGAGAAAAGGAGAGGGAGAAGUGCAUGACGGAAAUAGCUAGGGCAUCGCAAGAGUGGGGUUUCUUUCAGGUAGUGAAUCAUGGGAUUUCAGGAGGGCUUCUUCAGAAGAUGAAGAGUGAGCAAGAGAAGGUAUUCAAGCAAUCUUUUGAUAAGAAGAGGCAAGAGGACAAGCACUUGAACUUUUCACCGGGAACUUAUCGUUGGGGAACUCCUUCUGCCACAUGCCUACGGCAGUUAGCAUGGUCUGAAGCUUUUCACAUUCCACUCAACGACAUUUCUGCUACAUCAGCUUCUGGUCUCAACCAUACACUCAGCUCAACAAUGGAACAAUUUGCUACAACAGUUUCAAGUUUGGCACUGAAAUUGGCUGAAAUUUUGGCGGAGAAAUUAGGUCACAAGUCAACAUUUUUCCUAGAAAAUUGUUUGCCCAGCACUUGCUAUCUUCGAAUGAACCGAUAUCCGCCUUGCCCCAUCCCUUCUGAGGUGUUUGGAUUGAUGCCACACACUGAUAGUGAUUUCCUUACAAUAUUGCACCAAGACCAGGUUGGAGGAUUGCAGUUGAUCAAAGACGAUAGAUGGAUCGCAGUUAAACCUAAUCCAGAAGCUCUAAUCAUUAACAUUGGAGAUCUAUUUCAGGCAUGGAGCAACAAUGUGUACAAGAGUGUUCAACAUCGAGUUGUCACGAAUUUGCAAGUGGAACGAUUCUCAACCGCAUAUUUCUUAUGUCCUUCAUAUGACACCGUGAUACAGAGUUGCAGGGAGCCUUCUGUCUAUAGAAAAUUCAGCUUUGGGGAGUAUAGGCGGCAAGUCCAAGAGGAUGUUCAAAAAUUGGGUUCAAAAAUUGGUCUUCCGAGAUUUGUCGUAUAAUUAGUAAUUAAUUAAACCACUACAGAAGAAUUCUACUAGUAAAUUAUUAAGCUAUUUCUAGAUAUAUAUGCGGGGGAUAAUUGAUAUAUUUAAAAAUGUUAUGCACAAUUAAGCUAAGCUUCGAAAAAAUAUGGAGUACUUGGAGUUAAAGGAAGACUUGGCGCAAAAUCGAGCGGAGUGACGUUCUAAGAUUCAUACAACCGACCCUAUUUAGUGAAAUAUGACUUGGUUGUUGUUGUUGUUGUUAUAGUAUAAUUAAGCCUUCAUAUAUAUAUAUAUAUAUAUUUUUUUUUUUUUUGUUUUUGUUUUUGUUUUUGUAAGCAUAGUUUUGUAUUAGAAAUAGAAAUUAAGGUGGUAUAGCAGUUCGGUAUAGUUAAGGGUUUUCCUUUGUUUGCUGCAAACAAUUAAGGGUUUAUGUUAGCCAAAAUAAUUAGACGAUUUGUUUGGAUCGAUCAUUGUAAGUUGGGAUAAUGAGAAUGUAAGGAUCGAUCAAUGAUGCUACCAAUGUUGCCAAUCUUUUCUUAGGUUCAUGCAUUACAAUUAUGUAGUCUUUAUUUUGCAUUUAUGCAGCACCUAGCCAUAUAAGGGAGGCUUGUUCCCUUAACUUUUUGGUAUUCCAAUAAUUAGUUUACAGACCAUCUUAAGUUCUCUCA